CACAGCGCGAGGAAGGCUGUCCUCGUCAUUCGAAGACUACUUCAAAUGCGUCCUCCGCAUGCGUCCUCCAUUUUCCCUGAAUCUUUGGAUAUUUUGAGAUUUAAAACACGCCGAAUUACAUCUGACAAUGGAGGACUCACUUAAAACGACUGUGGAGGACUCACUUAAAACGACUUUGGAGGAAUCACUUAAAACGAGUGUGGAAGACCGGUAUCAAUUAAAAUGGAGCAAGGAGCAAACUAGCAAAUUCAUUAAACUGAGGGCAGAAAAUGCGCAUCUGUUCACCGGGGUGAAACAUUCUGCAGCUUUGGCUUGGGGGACAAUUCUGGUGAAAAUGGGCCUGCAAGGGAAGGUUACACCCAUGCAGGCCAAAAAGAAAUGGGACAAUUUAAAAAGAAAACACAAGCAUUGCAGGUCUGAAGAGACCGGCGAUGAUGUGAGCAAGAAACCGUCGGCUGCAACAUGGCCCUGGUUUAAUCUCAUGGAGGAGGUGUUAGGAGGACAGGGUCAUGUCACCAGUUGUCCCAUUGUAAAUGGCUCUGAGGAGACACCAGGGCCAAGUUCAGCAGUAGAGGGGCAGAAUGAAGAUGAUCCAGCUGUACCAGAUAGAAAGAGAAAGCGAGGGAGAGAGGAUAUAGUGGAGUUACUGGAGCUGAUAAAGGAAAACAUGAGAUGCCAGAGAGAGGUAGAGGACAGAAGAGCACGAGAGAGUAGAGAGAGGAUGGACACACUCUUUACUCUCCUCGAAAAAUUAAUCGAAAAAAAUGUUUAGUUAAGUUUAUUUUGAAAUGUCACUGAGAAAAAAAAUAAUAAAGUGAGUUCAUGAUGUUGUAUUUACAGCCGUCUCUUUAAGACAAUUAUAAUGUGAAAAAAGUAGCAAAUUAUUUAGAACAGAGAAAAUGAUGAAAACAAACAUUUUUAGUUUUUUGUAAUGCUUUUUUAUUUUUUGUUUUGCUGUUCAAUCUGAUUGGGCUGUCACAAUAAAGGCACUGUUUUUCUCCCAGCAGGA